AUGGCCCCAAUCAAUAGUGCAGUGGUCGCCAGCACAUCAUCUUCACGACUAGACUCAGCACAAACUCUACGCGCCUCAACCGCACUCCUCCGCAAAAUCCAAUCAUCCGACAGCACCACCACCACCAGAUCCAAGGCCGAGAAGAGCAACCUCCUCGCCGACGCCGACGAACAAGACGCAAGCGACGAAGUCCCCGUCUGGCUCAUCCUCACCACCAAGAAACACAUCAUCGACAAGAAGCGACUAAAGCCCGCCAAGAUCACCCUCCCCCAUCCUUACCUCGACCUCCAAGACGAGACACUGCGGAUAUGUCUGAUCACCGCCGACCCGCAGCGGAAAUACAAAGACCUUCUCGAUGACCCCGGUUUUCCAGCCGAGCUGCGGAAGAGGAUAAGCAGGAUUGUCGGGGUGGAGAAGCUGAAGGCCAAGUACAAGGCUUUUGAGUCCAAGAGGCAACUACUGGGUGAAUACGACAUCUUCCUCGCUGAUGACCGAGUGAUUACUUCCUUGCCGACGGUGUUGGGGAAGACAUUCUACAAGGGCGGCAGUAAACGACCUAUCCCCGUGUCGCUUGAGGGCAAGAGGCAGAGUGUUGAUGAACAGGGAAAUAAAAGGCAGAAGUUGAGCGAAGGCGGGAAGAAAGUUGUACGCCGCGAUAUUAAACCCCAAGAUAUCGCGCAUGAGAUCGAGAGAGCAGUGAGCAGCGCUUUGGUACACCUCGCCCCGAGUACGACCACAGCCGUGAAAGUUGGACGCGCAACUAUGGAACCCUCGCACGUCCAAGCGAACAUUGAGACCGUGACGAGUGCGCUGGUGGAGAAGCACGUCCCGCAGCAAUGGAAGAAUGUCAAAUCCAUACAUAUCAAAGGACCGAACACAGCUGCUCUACCAAUCUACAUGGCAGAGGAAUUAUGGGCAGACGAGAAGGAUGUGCUAGCCGAGAAGCCGGCGGAGAAGGAAAAGAGCAAGAAGCGGAAAAAUGGCGUCCUGGUCGGAGGUGAGCCGGCGGUGAUUGAGGUUCCUGGGCCGGACGGCAAGAUGAGGCGGUUGGAGGCGCCGGGUACGAAAUCAGAGUCUAAGACGGAGAAUGUUGAGGUCGCGAAGAAGCCUGCGAAGAAGGCGAAGAAGAAUGCCAACGCAGUAGAGGAAGUCGACGAGACUGCAGUGGAGAAGGCGUUGGAGAAGGCUGAAAAGGCGGCGAGGAAGGAGGCGAUUAAGAAGCAGAAGGAGGAAGCUAAGAGUGUGGUUGUCGAAGCUGCUCCUGCUGUUGAAGCGACGGAGAAGACGAAGGGGAAUGGAGAGGGAAAGAAGGGGGUGAAGAAGAGUGCGAGGGUGAAUGCUUCUGAUCUGGUUUAA